AUGCUAGUUAAGCUAAACGGUCUGCUUAAUUUGAAAGAAGGUCAGCGUGUGUUGCGGUGGUUGUUUGUUUUGUUGCAGUGCGUGUGGUGGUGCGGGCGCGGCGGCGUGUCGCACGUGCGCGCGGCGUGCGGCGGGCGGCGCGUGUGUGCGGCGCUGCUCAGCGGACACGUGCUGCUGCUGCGGCUGUCGGCGUACAACGCGGCGGCCGGCGCGCACGUGGACUGGCGCUUCAGCACCGCCUACCGGAGGACUCACAAACGGACGAGCUCGGCGGAGUCUCUGUCAGGCGCAGGCAACACGGUGCGCCCGCGGCCGACCUUCUCACACGAAGCGGAGAACAGCGACAGCGACGAGGUGGUGUGCGAGCGGGUGGCUCAGUGUCGCGCGCACCAGCAGCCGGUCACCGAGCUGGCGGUGGAGGGCGGCGUGGUGCUCACGGGCGGCCAGGACCACGUGCUGAAGGUGUUCAGCUUGCCGCAGCUGACGCGGCGCUACACGCUGCACGGCCACUGCGGCCCCAUCACCAGCUGUUUCAUCGACCACGCCAGCCCGCACGUGGCCGGCAGCGGCUCGCAGGAUGGACUGCUGUGUGUGUGGGACCUCACCUCCGGGGCGUGUCUGUACAGCGUGGCGGCGCACGACGGUGCCGUGACGUCACUGGCGUGCACGGCCUCGUACGUGGUGUCAUGCGGCGCCGACCAGCGCCUCGCCAUCUGGGACCGCUUCCGUGGACACUUGCUGAACACGCUGCACGUGGGGCUGGACUACAUGAGUCACAUGUUCCCCCUGACGCACACGCUGCUGGUGACGGGCGGCCGCUGCGGCCUCACCGUGUACGACCUGAGCAGCGGUGACGUCAUCAGGAGAGUUCUCUUUGGCCAGAGCGACGGAUGCGUGUUCGUGCGCCAGAUCGUGCCGCUGAAGGACGCCAUCGUGUGUGACUACGGCACGCAGCUAAGGAUCGUGCGCUUCCCGCUGGUCACACCCAACAAGACAGACUAGUGAACAUCAACUUGUAGUUAGUUCAUCCUAUAACAUAAAUUCUGAUAGAUAUACAGUUCGGUGGGAAAAGUAGGUACUACUUGAAGUUAAAAGGUUAAGUUGAAUCUUGUUUACUGUAACUCCAAAGGAAUGAAUAUAAGUAAUAAAAACUGUGCGUUAAACUAUAACUAACUCUCAACAAUCGUUAACUCUUAUGUUAAGCUCGCUCUCAUAGAUAUCGCAACUAUUUUAUAUACAUGCAUACAUAACUAACGUGACGUGAAACAGAAACUAAAUAUACUACGUGUUCUAAUAAUUUUAAUACUUGUUUUAUAUUAUGAUACAUAAAAUUUUAUACCUUUUUCCACGUUUUUUUUCUGUACGAGUUUUAAUGUUGCAUGUUGUUAUGAUGACAACGCGUGUAUAACGUUCACUUUAAUUAAGUGUGGUUGUGUGAACCAGAUAUUAUAUGAGUUGUUCCGACACAAAUGUUGUUUUUUUAUUAAUAUCUAUGUAGAUUGUAACGCGACCCGUCCAAUAAACUUUUGUAUAAUUAAUUACUAUUUGUAUUUAUAAGUAUGAAUUGCAGUGACAAGCUCCGCGUCCAUUUUGUUUGAGCAAUGAGGCGCGACACGUGUACCAUAACACUGGCCUACACAAAGCUAUAGAGAGGCAAAAUGUUAUUAAUUUUAUAGAAAAUAAUUCCAGCAAAUACUCAUGGCCGUCGCUGGUGAUAGAUGAAGCCAUGAUGAUAUAGGUAGGUACAUUGAAAAUUGUGAGUGCUCUGAAUGUGCGCGUCCGUAACUAGUGGAGCGCUGUCUAUGUAUUAUACUUACUAUAACUACUAGGUAUAUAUACACACUAAUGGCGGGCUCACUUUAUCACAGCUCGUAAAAUAUAAAUUAAUUUCGUUUGAAAUAUUUUUCAUCCCAAAACGGUAGUUGCGUUUUUUUUUAUGAAAUUUAUUUCAUAGGUUUGGUGAUUUUGUAUUAUCUAAUCACCCGUUUACAAAAUAUUAUAUAUUAUUUGGACAUUAAAAAUGUCUGAUAUAAAGUGCGCCGCCUGCCGCCUGCCAGACUAUUGGCCGUUACGUUCAUUCGUUUGUGCGUUUUUUUAUUUAUUGUUGUAAUACCUCGCUGUAUAUAAACUAGCACUUAACAUUAAAAAUGUUAACAUUAUUGUAUAAUAACUUAUGAAGUGUGAAUGUAAAACUAAGUGAUAUGGUUUUGUAUUUUAUGUUAGGUAUUAAAUUAAUAAUUGCGUUGUGUUCGUACAGUACAGGUGUCGUGAUAACUGGCUGCAUGACUGUCGCGUAUGGAACUACUCGGACGACUCCGCUGAGCUUAUAAUUAUAGCGAUUGGUUAAUUUAAUAUCGCACUAAUACAAAGUGUUAAUACUUAGGUAGAGGUAUUAAUUAGCGCCCGUAUUAUAUCACUUAUAUAAUGCACGGGGAUUAUUUAAUUCUUAAACUCUAAAUUUAAAUUGAUUUAUAUACAACUACUACAAUAAUUGUUCGCUUCUAUUAAAUGUGUGACUAUGAACUAUGUCAAAAAAAAUGUUAUGUCUGAUAAUAUGAAGCUAUAUUAGAGUGUGAGAGGAGGCGUCCUUGAUACUACAUACAUACAUUGGUAGAGCCAUUGUAACAUUUAUUAUUAUGUUAUACUAUAUUAUUAUACACUUUGUAAGAUAUCAUUUUGAUCAUUUGUAUAAAGAGGGAUUGGAGGUUGAUACGUCUGUCUGUCUAUAAUGUAGCUCGAGUCAUUGAUCGCGACGCCAGUCCCGCUCUCGCUUGGAGUUGGGUUACGUACUCGCGGAAUAAGAUGAAGGAACAUGUCGCUUCAGAACACAGAGCUUUUAUGUGAACGACUACAUGAUUAUUAAAUUUAAAUGAAUGUGUUGCAGAUAAUAAAGAUUUUGUUAUUAUUAAA